GGGGGGGGGGCCGCCGGGGCCGUGGCCGGGGCGGUGGGAGCCGUCGUGGGCAGCCCCGCGUACCUGGUCAAGACCCACCUCCAAGCCCAGACACUGUCGGCCAUGGCCGUGGGCCACCAGCACAACCAUGAGAGCAUCUCCGGCGCUUUCAGGAGCAUCUACCAGCAGCACGGAGUGGUGGGGCUGUGGCGGGGGGUGACAGGCGCCGUGCCCCGCGUGGCCGUGGGCUCGGCCGUGCAGCUCGCCACCUUCGCCUCCGCCAAGGACUGGGUCUCCGAGCGCCAGUGGUUCAGGAAGGGCAGCUGGGCGGCGGUGCUGGCGGGGGGCAUGGUGAGCGGAGUGGCUGUGGCUGUGGCAAUGACACCUUUCGACGUGAUCAGCACCCGUCUCUACAACCAGCCCGUGGAUGCCGACGGCACAGGCAAGCUCUACCGAGGUUUUUUGGAUUGUAUCCUGCAAAUCUCCAGCAGAGAGGGGCUGCUGGGCUUGUACAAGGGCAUCGGCGCUGUCUACCUCCGCCUCGGCCCCCACACCGUCCUCAGCCUCUUCUUCUGGGACAAGCUCAGGAACAUAGUUCAGCACCAGCAGCCCCCAGGGCUGUAGGACACACUCCUGCCACCACCACCG